UUAAUACAACGAUACCUCAUCCAGGGAUUUUUGCAUGCGUUCGUGAUUAUAUUGGAAUUCUUGCUCAUAAGCAACCUUUUGGAGUCAUGUAUAUAAGUCAAUUAAUUACAUUGAUGAAAAACGAUGUAAAUUUGUUUACAG